UUUCUACGAUCCGAAAAGAUUGUUUUCAGAUUCUGCUUACCUAUUAACGGAGACAUUUAAAUUGUACAAAUAUGGAUGCCAACAACUUUGUGAUGUCUUCCUAUCAGUUCGUUAACUCGAUUGCCUCGUGCUAUCCCAACAACUCACAAAACACAAAUAGCUCACCGAAUACGGCUGGAAGUCAAGGUGGCCAAAGCGAUGGGUACUUCCCACCCUCGGCAUACACUCCAAAUAUUUAUCCCGGCACGCCACACCAAGCACACUACAGCUCGCAGUCGUACAACCCGCUCGCAGGGGCCGGAGCAACCAGCGUAAACAGUGCUAGUGCAGGCCCCGUAGGUGGUGGACAUCAGCCUAGCGACAUGGUCGAUUACACACAGCUACAACCACAAAAAUUCCUCCUCUCACAGCAGCAACAACAGCAACAGCAGCAACAACAGUCCGCCCUUAGUUCGCAAAGUUGUAAAUAUGCCAGCGAUGGUCCUAGUACAGGUACAAAUGUAGUUAAUAACAACAAUAACAAUAGCACCACAAGUCCUCAGGAUUUGAGUACGGCUAGCGGAGGAGGCGCUGGUAACGGUACAAAUGAUGGCAAUAGUGGUAGGACCGAGAUUUCGCCAAAACUGUCACCAGGCUCGGUCGUAGAAAGUGUAACCCGAUCACUAAAAUCGGGCAAUCCAUCCACGGCCGUGAGUUCGAGCAAUACGAACAACAAUACCAGCAACAUUAGCAAUCGUAACCAAGUGAACUUGCCGCUCGGUAGCCCGGAAGAUGAGUCCGACGCUAGCGACGAUGACAGUGGCACGGAAGGAGGUAGCUCUCAAGGUGGUGGUGGAAAUGGUGGCAAAAAAGGAGGACCUCCCCCUCACAUCUAUCCAUGGAUGAAACGCGUGCAUAUCGGACAAAGUACGGUGAACGCUAACGGAGAAACGAAACGCCAGCGCACUUCAUACACACGUUAUCAGACGCUCGAGCUGGAGAAGGAAUUUCACUUCAACCGAUACUUAACACGCAGACGGCGUAUCGAGAUCGCUCACGCCCUCUGUCUGACCGAGCGACAGAUCAAAAUCUGGUUCCAGAACCGGCGGAUGAAGUGGAAGAAGGAGCACAAAAUGGCCUCGAUGAAUAUUGUGCCGUAUCACAUGUCGCCGUAUGGUCAUCCUUAUCAAUUCGAUAUUCACCCUUCACAGUUCGCGCACCUGAGCGCAUAGGACGCGUGGCACUUUUCGGGUACUGGUUAGAGACUCAACCAGCUCUAUCAGGAACAGUAUCAGGGAUAUCAGGGCAAUCAGGACAGCGUACUGUUUGGCAGCAGCGGUGUAGGUGGCGGUGGCGGCGGCAGCAGUACGCCUUCUGAUACCACUAAAUACAAUCAGGAGUUUUGAUUGUCCCCUGGUCUACCAGCUAUCUCACGUUGCGACCUGCACUGACCAAUAAAGGGGACGAGCACACGUUUUCUACGCGUCUUUAAGGUUAAGACGCCUCGAAAAUGAUCGCAAGUCCGUGAUAUCUCUGAUUGAACAGCAACUGUGACUGUUUUUAUGAGCUGCCGUUGGGAGGAGAACGCAACGGAAUGGAUACUGUGACAGUACACAUUCAUCAUUCAUAAGAAUGCACGCUGCAUACGGCACACUCGUUGAAGUGUGUCAAGAUUGUACGCUCAUGAAUUGAUACGAUAUAUUCGGACUCGCUUUCUUCCACUGUACC